AGGCCGAGAGGUGGCGGGAGCCCCACUGCAGAGGCGAUCCCCCCGCGCUCGAAAAACACCCCUCAGUAAGUGCAAAAGGCACCUCACAAACCGCAACCAUGAACGGGACAGAAGGCCAAGACUUCUACGUGCCCAUGUCCAACAAGACCGGGGUGGUGCGGAGCCCCUUUGAGUACCCCCAGUACUACCUGGCUGAGCCCUGGAAGUAUUCGGCGCUGGCUGCCUACAUGUUCAUGCUGAUCCUGCUCGGCUUCCCCGUCAACUUCCUCACCCUGUACGUCACCAUCCAGCACAAGAAGCUCCGGACGCCUCUAAACUACAUCCUUCUGAACCUGGCGGUCGCUGACCUCUUCAUGGUCUUUGGAGGCUUCACGACCACCAUGUACACUUCGAUGAACGGGUACUUUGUCUUUGGAGUAACAGGGUGCUACAUCGAAGGCUUCUUUGCAACGCUGGGUGGUGAAAUCGCGCUCUGGUCGCUGGUCGUCCUCGCCGUCGAGAGAUACGUAGUGGUCUGCAAGCCCAUGAGCAACUUCCGCUUCGGGGAGAACCACGCCAUCAUGGGCGUCGCCUUCUCCUGGAUCAUGGCCCUGGCGUGCGCGGCCCCCCCGCUCUUCGGCUGG